CACGAAGCUCGCUUAGAGGGUUAGCGAGUAUGUUGAGCUCCAAGCCUGGGUUAGUUGUACCACGAAAGUCGAUCUCUUUUAGCGUCGCUGUAUCACCAUGGUGACUUAUGCUCGCAACCAAACCUGGUCGGGACCAGUUUUUCGGCUUAGUCUAGCCGGAGAUCGGCUGCUUAAAUCGGCGUGCGCAGCUUCCUAGCCCCUCCUCCGACAAUGGCGUCACCAUUUUUGGGUGUUACCGUGGACCUCGGCGCACGUAUCGUACAGGCGUCUCUCCGGAGACAGAGGGUUUUUCAGGACAGAACUGAUCCCCUGGCAUUUUCUGACCAAAUUCUUUAUGAGAGAUACAGAUUCUCAGCAGAGGGUAUUCGUUAUCUGAUCGACCUUGUUGGACCGUAUGUAGGCAAUGUGACACAAAGAAGCCGUGCACUUACUGUUGCGCAGUGUGUCUGUGUUUCCCUGCGAUUCUUUGCCACGGGCACAUAUUUACAUGCAGUUGGUGAUGCGGAACGUAUUGGCAAAAAUACGGUGUGCCGUGCCAUACACAAGGUUGUAGCUGCGCUCAAUAUUUUGCUCCAUAGGUUCGUGGCGUUUCCCAGCUUCUUGCCAAGUCAAAUUGUCAAGGAAGGAUUUUACACACUUUCAGGAUUCCCCAAACUGAUUGGAGCUAUUGACUGUACCCAUGUCCCCAUCACUGGACCUUUAGGGGAACAUGAGGCUGACUUUGUGAACAGAAAGUCAACCCAUAGCCUCAAUGUGCAGAUGACUUGUGACCAUCAACUCAUGGUUACCAGUGUGGAUGCCAAAUGGCCUGGCUCGGUCCAUGACUCCCGUAUUUUUCGGGAGUCAAGUCUUUGCCGACAGUUUCAGGAAGGCCGUUAUGAUGGAAUUCUUGUUGGGGACAGAGGGUAUGCCUGCAUGCCAUUCUUAAUGACACCAUACGGCGACCAACAGAGUGAAUCGGAGGCACGGUUCAACAGGGCCUUAAGCACAUGCCGGGUGAGGAUAGAGAUGACCUUUGGAAUUCUCAAGGCCCGCUGGAACUGCCUCCGUGGUUUGAGGGUCAAGCCGGAGAGAGGAAGCCAAAUCAUCACGGCAUGUGUGGUGCUCCACAAUAUUGCAUCAAUUCGGAAAGAGAGAGCCCCACAUGUGCCAUUGGUGGCAGAUGAUGUGGUGGACCCCAUCACGGUGGAUCAUCCCACAGGAACGGCGGUCAGACGGGCCAUCACUAACCAGUUUUUUGGUUAG